UUAAAGGAGGGUUCUGAAGAACUAAAAUAAUUUGCCUGUAACCAAAUCGUUGGGCAUUAAAUGAAUGUCAAUAAUAGUCAUGACUUUAAACCAUAAAUGACUGAAAUGAUCACUUUAUGCAGGUCACCUUAAUGUUUAAGAGUGCCUCUACCUCCACUGAGAGGUAAGGCAAUGGAUAUACCGCUUACAGACAGUACAAUAUGCCUCUCCCUAAAACUCAUUUCUUCAAAAUGACACGUUUCAGCUUGUUACCUCCACAACCCUUCUGAAAUCAAAACAACAAACGACUUAUCAGAAAACUGCUUCAAGGAAAUAGGUUGUGAUGCAACUUUGGCUUCACUUGUAUUUAUAUUAACACAGCCUUAUAAAGAACAGAAAUGGCCAAAUGCCACAUUCUUGAGUAUCUUUCAUUCGGUCUGUAGGAACAAAGUACAGUAUUUUCAAAUUACAGGAUGGAUUUAUUCAUGGGGCAGUAAAACUGACUCUAAACUUCUAGCAAGCAAGCACUGCUUUAUCUUCAGAAAUGGAUCCAAGCUCCAACUCCUCCAAUGAGAAGACAAAUGGGACGAUUAGCAAAAACGGGACUGUUGACGAGAUUAAAAUGUUUACCAUGAUCAUCUGUUCGUUGUAUACCUUUAUUUUCCUCGGUGGAUUGAUACUGAACACUCUGGCUGCCUGGAUUUUCUUUCAGUUAAAAAACAGGACAACUUUCAUAUUUUAUCUGAAAAACAUUGCCGUUGCAGACUUAAUAAUAACACUGACAUUUCCCUUUAAAAUACUCAGUGACUCGGGACUGGGACACUGGAAAUUAAAGGCUUUUGUGUGCCGCUAUUCUGCAGUCAUAUUCUACUGUAACAUGUAUGUUAGCAUACUUUUCCUUGGACUGAUCAGCUUAGACAGAUAUCUAAAAAUUGUGAAACCAUUCGGCGACUCUAGAAUGUACAAUGUUAAGUUCACAAAAUUUGUGUCUUUAGGAGUGUGGCUGUGCAUGAUCCUUAUUUCAAUGCCAAACAUGAUUUUCACAAAUGUAAGUCCAACAAUAGAAACAGCUGGCAACUGUUCAGCUCUAAAAAGCCACUUUGGUCUUGCGUGGCAUGGAGUGGGUAUCUACGUGAACAUCUGCAUAUUUACAGCUGUUUUCAUUGUAUUAGCUGCAUGCUACAUUUCGAUUUCCAGGCACAUCUAUCGCUCGAAUCAGCAGUUUGUAGGUUCUGAGAACGAAAGAAAGCACAAUCAAAAUAUAUUAAUAAUUCUGCUUGUUUUUUUUAUUUGCUUUGUGCCGUAUCACUUGUGGAGGAUACCGUUUACAUUAACUCAGAUAGCCUCAAAAUUCGAUGAGUACGGGACUUUCAUUUUGACACAUGGCAAAAUUGUUACUCUCUUUAUGUCUGCGUGCAAUGUUUGCCUGGACCCUAUCAUAUACUUCCUGAUGUGCAAGUCCUUUACCAAAAUGCUGCGAAAAAAACUGCACAUUGAACCUAGUGUUGAUUUCAAUGGGUCCAGAGGCAGCUCCAGAGGAACAAUCAAGGUACGGAGAUUCCGAGAAUACACAUCCACAAACAUUUAGUGCCAAAACCGAUGAACACUUCAUUUUACAUUUCCUGUUGAAGGCACAGAGUGCUACGUUUCGACGUGUUCUUGUGUUAGUCAGAGUUUCGUCAAGGGACUGAAAUUAAUUGCAAGCAUAAUGCCAAUUCCAAGAUCCGGAAGUACAGUUGCUGCUUUGUGGAGCCGGAGCCUCUUCCUCAAUGAAAGCAGCUAACUACUGGGGGAGUCAAGCCAGAACCUGAGAUCUCCUGCAUGGAUUAAAUCAAUUAUCCCCACAGUCCAGGUUUUUGAUUUAACCAGGAAUGAAGUAGUCAGUUGAAACCUGCACUUAUAUUAGCCCACACAGCCUCUGCAGUUUUAGAAAGCUUGCCGUACUGUAUUCCUGCAGUCAGAUAUCCCCACCCCUGUUAGUGCUGGAGACAGUAAUUCAAGCACACACUCACUGCUGACCUUCAAAGAAGCUACAGUCAUGUUCUGGCAUGUGCUGCAAUUACACAGUGCUGUUUGAGUAGUACAGUAAUUUUCAUUAAAUAUGGUUCAGGUACGAGGUGAUUGCAAGCUUAUAAAGUAUAGCUUUGGCAGCGCCAUUAAUGUUUAAAACAUGGGGGUGCAUGGAAUGGAUACAACAUUGAAUAAUGUAUAUUCUGACUAUUGUUAUUACAUGUAACAUUGUUUUAAUUAUUUUUAAGAAGUUUGUAUAUUAAAUAGAUGAAUAAUGCGUAUGGAUCACAAUGUCUCUUUAAGAGGCACGGAGCGUGAAAGACAGAAAACCAUCAUUCUGUUCCAAAUGGUACUGUAUUUUAACAAGGCCUUAAAGGCAACAACGAAAAUAAAAACACUAUGGGUGGCCUGCAUAUAUUAAAGUGCCAAACAUAUGUAGCUUUAAAUCAUUAGCAGGCCUAGAAAACACGGUCCUGUGGCUACUGUGCUGGUCUGAUAGUAUGAAAAGUGACAAACAGCUAUUUUUAACCUAGAAGAUCAAAAUAGCAGCUGGCAGAAGUUAAUGAAAUGCGAAACUGAGUGAAAGGCAAUACACAACACUAGCAUGUUUCCUUCUCCUUGAGAUACUUGGUGACGUAGCGGUUGAAAAUCUGUGGAUAAUGUUGGAAGAUGUCCUGUUUAUAUACCGGUACAUGUGAAAACACUAACUGUGUCAACACUGUCAAGGUUAACCCAUUAUACCACAAUGUAAAUACAGUAUAUUUACUGCCUGACCCAAUCAUGUGAUUCAGUAUGAUAGAGGGUAUAUUCCAGAAAAAGAAACUUUAAAUUACUGAAUUUUACCAACACAGAGAGGCCUCACUUUGCUAUUCUUUGACAGGAAUGGAAGGUGAAUCUGCUAAAGUAGACUAAGUCUCAGAAUGAAUUAUUACAGUAGCAGUUCUUGUGUUUAAAUAUGGGUUCUCAGAAAGAAAGAGAACUCAUGUGAGAAGACUCAAUAUACACAUACUGGUAAUUCAACUACUUAGAAAAAAAAGGAAAACAAAGUUUCCCUCUCGGUGACUUGUUUCCAAACAGACAACCCUUCUGAUAAUGUUUGCGUUACACCACAGCGCCCUCUGCUGGAAGAAACUGGUCAGGAGUAGAUCAGGUUUUACACCAAGCCUUCCAUACUGUGCUUCUUCAUGCAGUUUAGCUCAUUUGAAUAUACUUCUGUGGUCUCUUGAUAUGUGUAGCAGUCCUACAGUACAUGAUCAGGAAGGGUGUGCCAGGCAAGCCUGGUGCUUACAAAGUUAAAACACCUCCCUGGUUGAUUUUAAGGGCUUAGCUUUCAAGUUGGUGUCUGAUCCAGUGGUUAAAGAAACAGGCUUGUAACCUGGAGGUCCCUGGUUCAAAUCCCACCUCAGCCACUGACUCAUUGUGUGACUCUGAGCAAAUCACUUAACCUAUUUGUGCUCCGUCUUUCGGGUGAGACGUAGUUGUAAGUGACUCUGCAGCUGAUGCAUAGUUCACACACCCUAGUCUCUGUAAGUCGCCUUGGAUAAAAGCGUCUGCUAAAUAAACAAAUAAUAAUAAUAGGGGGUGAACUGUGCAUCACAUCUGCUGCUGCAGAGUCACUUAUAACAAGACCUCGGUUUUACAUCUCAUCCAGGUUUCAAAGUUUCCAUUUAUUCCAAAAGUGCGCUCCCCUCCCAGUGGGUCCAUAGCCAGCAGUAUGUGAGCUACACUCACACAAGACUCACCCUUCUCUUCAAACAGCAGAGCACGUACUAGGUGAGCAACUGAGGAGCCCUAUAGUCACAACAUGCGUCAAACUGGAAAUUGAUUACCAUUUCUCCAGCAACGUUGGCCUGAAAGCAGUAAGAUUAAACUUCUGAGCAGCAAACACUCAGACAGUGUGCUUCCCAAGAAAAACAGGGUCAGACCUCCUUUAAGUAAGCAGUAGAAAAACAUGACUUUUGCAGAGUUUAGUCUAAAGAUGGCCUCAAGUGUUUCGAGUUAAGCGCAGUAAACAUUACGCGAUAGCUAAAGCAAUUGGAACUGCCAGAUGUCACACUGGCUCUCAUUCUCAGUAAUCAGUCACUGUUCUUCCUUUGACUCGCAUGUUUUCAGUGCCUCUGCGGUCCUUCAUGUCAUGUUGAAGCUGUAUACAAACUUAACACUGAAGGGCAGCGGGAAUAUGUAUAAGAGCAAUAAACAGAUACUGUGAUAUCUGAUUAAUAACUUGUUACAAUAACUCAGGAUGUUUAUAUUACAGUAAGCAGCUUUAAAUUACAUGUUCAUAUGUGUCUAUUUUUUUAAAACUGUUUCUUUACCAUUUUAUGCUUGUAAUCAUCUGUGGUUCUUAUUGCAACGGCUUCAUAUAUUCUCGUAAAUUAAUAAUACAUUUUAAAUGUUCA